CAGGGCAGCCGCCAUGAGGCAGUGCUUCUACAAUGAGACCGUGGGGUUCUUCUACAACAACAGCCGCAAGGAAUUGACCACCUACUGGAGGACCAAGGACGUGCUGGUGGUGGCCCUGGGCCUGACGGUCAGCGUCAUCGUUCUCCUGACCAACCUGCUGGUCAUCACGGCCAUCAUCAUCAACCGUCGCUUCCACUACCCCAUCUACUACCUCCUGGGCAACCUGGCGGCCGCCGACCUCUUCGCCGGCGUGGCCUACAUGUUCCUCAUGUUCCACACGGGGCCCAGGACAGCUGAGCUGUCCCUGAAGACCUGGUUCAUCCGCCAGAGCCUCCUGGACACCAGUCUGACAGCCUCGGUGGUCAACCUGCUGGCCAUCGCCGUGGAGAGGCACCAGACCGUGUUCACCAUGCAGCUCCACAGCAAGAUGUCCAACCAACGCGUGAUGAUCCUCAUUUUCUGUAUUUGGGUCACGGCUCUGCUACUGGGGCUCAUCCCCUCCUAUGGUUGGCACUGCCUCUGUGCCCUGGACAAGUGUUCCAGCAUGGCACCUCUCUACAGCAGGAGUUACCUGACCUUCUGGGCCAUCUCUAACCUGGUCAUCUUCCUUAUCAUGGUGGUGGUGUACACGCACAUCUUCGUCUACGUCAAGAGGAAGAUGACCAGGAUGUCUAAGCACACCAACUUUCACCCACGCUACAAGGAGACCAUGAUCAGCCUCGUCAAGACAGUCACCAUCAUCUUAA